UUUGCAAAUUGCAGAUGCAAUAGGGACUUCCUCUCUCUCUCUCUCUUAAAUCCUACAUAUAUUUACACAAACACGGAAAGCUAAUUGCAAAUUGUCUCUCUCCGAUUCUAAUUUAUACUUUCCUUCCGCUUUUGCUUUUGCCUUUGCCGGAAAUCACACAACGUCGUUAAAAUUAAUCUCGCCGCCGACAGGCUCCGGAUUUCCGGCGAGGUAAAGACAAUUACAUAUUGCUUAAUUAUCAGUUAUUCUCGAGCAAGCUGCGUUCUUACUUUCGCUUCAGAUCUGUCGGAGCUCGGGAACAUAAUUGAGUUCAAUAAAAUUUGUUACUUUGGCGAUUUAGGGCGAGUUCUUGUCGAAUUUAGCGCAAUUUGGUUGGAAUUUAAGGGGCUUGUUGUGUAUGUUAUGUAGUUGAUGCAUGUAAUGGAAGGGAGAGUAGGAUCGGGAGUGUUGAAGAAGAAGAGUUCGUCCGGAUGUUUGAUCAUAAAAAAGGCGGGUGCGAAUAAGAAUUUGGAGGGUGGAUUGGGGGGUUUGGGGGGAAAGAGGGCUAGAUUGGUUUCCAGUGGAUCGGAUUCGAGUUCGAGCUCUAGCAGUGAUGAUGAUGAUGAGUGUUUGGAGUUUAUGAGAAGAAAAGUGAACGAGAAGAGAUUGAAAGGCGCGACGGGGUAUAAGAGGAAUGAGGGCAAUGCGGAGAAUAAGAGGAGUAGGUUGGAUUUGUUUGAGUUUGAUGAGUACGAUGAAUUCGAUGGGAAGAAGAUGAGGAAUGAGUUUACGCAGGAUAGAUGGAAGAGGGUUGAGAGGAAUGAUGUUGGGAAUGUGAAGGAAUCUAGUGGUACUUUGAAUAGGAAUCUUGUUGUGGAUAAGCGGAAACAGGGUUCGUAUUUCAAUGGUUCUAGUAUUGGAAGGAGUAAGAAUGCAGGGGGUAGUGGCACGAGGAGUAAAGGAUUUGGUUCAUCCGAUGAUGAUGCAAACAUGCCAAUUUCUUUGUUGAAGAUGAAAUAUCAGGAGACGGCUGGUGAGUCGAUCAGGCUUCAGGGGAAGAACGGGGUGCUGAAGGUUAUGGUUAACAAGAAGAAAAAGAUGGAUUUUCCCUCUCAGCAUAAGAAUCGUGAGCCUUUGGUGAAAGACUCGGUGAAGGGUUUACCAAUUAAUCCAGAUUCAAAACCAGCUAAAAGUCCAGGCUUGUUAGUUGGCAAGGAAAGAAGUGGUGGGAAGGAGAAAGAGGAGACAAAAUUGGAAAAGAUGAAUCCUACUUCAGUUAAAAACAGGAAGGCUAGAGAUUCAGGUGUUGAUGCGACUGAUAUAGUGUUGGCAAUGCCCACACCUAAAGCUUGUAGCUCAAAGAAAGCAGUGAAAAAGGAGGCAGAAAGGUUUCCAAGCACUGAAAUUUCUCCUCCUGUUAAAGGAAAAGAAGGUAAAGAAGGCAACACGAAACGUGGUGGAAGUACUGAAAAGCAAAUGUUGCGUGAGAAGAUAAGAGGGAUGCUAAUUGAUGCAGGGUGGAGUAUAGAUUAUAGACCAAGACGAAACAGAGAUUACUUAGAUGCUGUGUACAUCAACCCCAGUGGAACAGCCUACUGGUCGAUUAUCAAGGCUUAUGAUGCAUUUAAAAAGCACUUGGAGGAAGACAACGAUAAAGUAAAAGCAAAGGUUGGUUCCCCCUCGCUUGCUCCUAUCUCUGAAGAUCUGAUAAGUAAACUUACGAGACAAACCAAAAAGAAAAUUGCUGAAGAAAUUAAGAGAAAGAGAAAGGAAGAUAGCAUGGCUAAGAGUGCUAAGAAGUCUGCUGUAAAAGAUGCUGAAGAGAGCUCAGACAGCAAUCAGAGUGAGGAGCGGCUAAGUUCUUAUAUGAAACAGAACCAGAAGUUGCGGAAAAAGUUGUGUAAAGUUGAUCAAGGUAGUGACAGUGAUUCAAGUGACGAUUCACUCGAUAGGAGGCCAAAAAAGGUCAAAUUUGAAAAAACUUCCACUUCUUCCAAGUCUAUUCCCAUACAGGGAAGAACAUGUAAAGUAAUUGGGAGAUGCACCCUCCUGGUCCGUGGUUCUGACCAGGAGGGUAACUCAGAAUUUGACGGAUAUGUUCCAUAUAAGGGAAAAAGGACAGUGUUGGCAUGGCUAAUUGAUUGUGGGACGGCAAAGUUAAGUGAAAAGGUGCAGUAUAUGAACCGCAGAAGGACAAAGGUUAUGUUAGAAGGUUGGAUUACUAGAGAAGGAAUCCACUGUGGUUGCUGCAGUAAAAUCCUUACAGUCUCAAAGUUUGAGAUACAUGCUGGUAGCAAGCUACGUCAGCCUUUCCAGAAUAUAUUUUUGGAGUCUGGAUCCUCCCUUUUGCAGUGCCAAAUUGAUGCGUGGAACAGUCAAGAGGAGUCCUUGCAUCGGGAUUUCUUUACUGUGAAUGUCGAUGUAGAUGAUCCAGAUGAUGAUACAUGUGGUAUUUGUGGUGAUGGAGGGGACUUGAUCUGUUGUGAUAGUUGCCCAUCAACUUUUCAUCAAAUCUGUUUAGGAAUACAGAUGCUUCCUUCAGGUGAUUGGCACUGUCCAAACUGUAUAUGCAAGUAUUGCGGGCUAGCCAAUGAAAAUACAGCUGAAGAAAUUGAUAUCAGUGAUGGUGAACUUAAUAGAUGCAACUUCUGUGACAAAAAAUAUCACAACUCAUGCAGUGAGAGGGCACACCCGCAACUAUACUCUUGCAUUGCAUCUUUUUGUGGGCUGAAGUGCCAAGAGAUAUAUGAUCACUUACAGAAGAUUCUUGGAACCAAACAUGAAUUGGAAGCUGGAAUAUCAUGGUCCAUUAUUCAACGGUCAGAUGUCUCAGAUGCAUCGCAGCGUGGAAUUCCUUCAAGGGUUGAGUGCAACUCUAAGUUAGCUGUUGCAUUAUCUGUUAUGGAUGAGUGCUUUUUGCCUAUCAUUGACAGGAGAAGUGGGAUAAAUAUAAUCCAUAACGUGGUCUAUAAUUGCGGAUCAAAUUUCAAUCGGCUGAAUUAUCGUGGCUUUUAUACAGCAAUAAUUGAACGGGGUGAUGAAAUAUUAGCCGCAGCGUCAAUCAGGCUCCAUGGAGAUCGUCUUGCUGAGAUGCCGUUUAUUGGGACUCGCGAGAUCUAUAGGCGUCAAGGAAUGUGCCGGCGACUUUUGUCUUCAAUUGAAACUGAACUUGGUUCUCUCAAUGUCAAGCAAUUGAUUAUUCCUGCCAUAUCGGAGCACAUGAACACAUGGACUGCUGUAUUUGGUUUCCACGAACUUGAGGGUGCCCUUAAGAAAGAAAUCAAGUCCAUGAACAUGUUGGUGUUUCCGGGGACGGAUAUGCUGCAGAAACAGUUGGCUAAGAAAGAAAAUUUCGAUGGUGCCAUGGUAUCUGAACCAACUACGAACCAACCUCUAUUGCUUUCUUUGGUUGAGAAAUCUGAAGCUAGUUUGUCUGAGGACCAGAAUACACGGGUGAGCAGCGACUCUGGAGGGUGCUCGACGUCCAAGAGCUGUGAUGAAGUUGAUGAGUCUCCCAUACCAUCUAUUCCUUCGGACUUUGUUAGUGAAAAAAAGCAGAAAGAGUCCUCUGAUAAUCUGAAGUGUUCUCCCAUCCCUGCUGUAGACGGUAACCUCUCCGACGAGGGGCACAGAUCGUUAGAACCUCCUUCAGAUGAUGAUUCCGUCCCACCACCGCUGGAGGCUGUAGAAGAAGAUGCAUGCAAAAUUGAAGAUUCUACAACUCCAACUUGCUCGGAGAAGGCUUCUGAAGAUGCCCCCCUGUCGAAAACUGCAAGUAAUGGCUGUGUCGGAUCCUUGCCUGCCUCUGUUUCUGAUAUUUCUGUGGAGGUUAACAAUGGAGCUUCAAAUGGUGAUAACGAAGAAAGUGUUGUGCCAUCGAUUUCCCAUUUGGAUGUUGAGGCGUUUGAUGCAAAAACCGAUGGUGCAGAUCCAGGUGUCGUCCAGGACACCCCUGAUCACGCUAAAAGUGAUAAACCCGAUAUAGAUGCAACAAAUGAUGGUGUCAGUCCAGAUGUCGUUCAGGACACCCCUGAUCGUGCUGAAAGUGAUGCAAACACCGAUGGAGUCAAUCCAGGCACCGCCCAGGAUAGCGAUGAAAGUGAUCAACUGGACACAGAUGCAAAAGCCAAUGGUGUCGUCGAGGACACCCCUGAUCACACUGAAAGUGAUAAACCUGAUAGAGAUGCGAAAAAUGAUGGUGUCAGUCCAGAUGUCGUUCAGGACACCCCUGAUCGGGCUGAAAGUGAUGCAAAAACCAAUGGUGUCGGUCCACUUGUGGCCAAGGAUGGCCAUGAUCGCGAUGAAAGUGAUAAACCUGACACAGAUGCAAAAGCUGAUGGUGCCGUCCAGGACACCCCUGAUCGUGCUGAAAGUGAUCAGCCCAAUGGAGAUGCAAAAACUGAAUGUGUCGAUCCAGGUUCCGUUGAGGAUACUCCUGAUCGAGAUGAUAAAACAGAUUGUGUCGAUCUAGGUAUUGUCGAGGACACUCCUGAUCGAGACAAAAAAACGGAUUGUGUCGAUCCAGGCAUUGUCAAGGACACUCCUGAUUGCACUGAAACUGAUGAACACGGCUCAGAAAGCUAGAUGUCGGUUGAGUAUAUUGCAGCAACGGAGAACCAUGUCCAGUUGUUGUGCCGUUGGAGCCACUCCGGAAUCAUAGACGGUUUCAGAUGACAUAUGAAGAUGAUGAUUGGAGCACGAGCUUCGAUUUCACAGAGGUUUUCAACAAUUUUAUCAUGCCGCAGAAUAAUUAGAUGAUAAUAGGGACUGAAUAUUUAACUAAUUUUGUGAUAAUUUUAGUAUUAGUAAGUACUCCUACUAGUGUAGUGUGUGCAUAUGUGUAGAUGAUUUUUGGGGGAACUCAUUUUUAAAGCAGCAACACCUGAUUUUGUCAUACCCCCUAUAUUUUUUCUGUUACAUCUCGACUUUUUACUUAGUUUUGUGUUUAUUUGUGUUUAUUUUAGUUA